GAGCUUGAGAAGAGCUGUUUGCAUAAUAAUUGCAAUGAUAGGACUCUUUAUCACAAUGGAACCUCGUAUCUGGGGCCUGAAAGGAAGUAGCGGAACCGGAAGUAGCAAAGGAAGUGACACAGUGGUCUCCCCUGUUGGACGAAUUCUUUGGCCCCUUUCAUUUUGCUUUGGAUUCGUCCCAGACGCAGUUAACAGAGUCAUCACAGAGCAAGAACUGAAACGCCCACAAGCCCAAACCGUGAAUUUUCUGGUGUAUGCUCAGCUAUCGGCCUUAGUGUUUGUCGUACUUCUGUUCUGGGCAGACCUCAUUCCUGGAUUUGGAAUGGCCGACUCUUUCCAGGAACUGUUGCGUCGCGUUGCUGUGGGCAUGCGCUGUAGUGUCUCCACGGACGCAUCCUGCCAACACCUGUCAUUAAAAGCAUUUCUAAUGAUAUCGGCUCACUGCGUUGGAUACCUGUUUCAUUUUCUGCUGAUCAAGCACGCCGAGGGAGCAAUCCUUGCAUCUUUAGUUCAAGCCAUGAGAACCCCAUCGCGUCUAUAUUCUGGACGCUGUAUCAUUACAACGAGGAUUUAGAUUUGUUGUACUGGUCCCCGGAGUUCAACAUAACCACGUGUUUUUUGAUAGGAGGACUAAUUAUUGUGAUGCCAGCUAUGCUUGUUUAUAACUACUUCAGCAAUGAGGAAAUGAAAAGUGUGUAUAUGAGGGAACGACAGCUGCUUGUACCUGGCAAUGAAAACAUCAAUUCAUAGUGUGGAAUCCAUCUUUCAUAACAUGCGGUGUUUGGUCAGAGGUUUGUCAUCCACCAAUAUACUGAACACGAUACCCUCCCCUAACGCUUUUCAUAUUUUAGGGGCGGUUGGGUAGCCUUGUGGUUAAAGCGUUCGCUCGUCAAGACCGGGUUCGAUUGCCCACAUAGGUACAAUGUGUGAAGCCCAUUUCUGGUGUCCUUGGUGAUAUUGCUAUGAUAUAGUUAGAAGCAGCGUAAAACUAAACUCACUCAAUACUCCUUAUUUUUGAGUGACCCCAAUGCCGUUGUAUAUUUUUUGAAUGAUUUUCCAUGACAGCUUGGUAUCCCAUUGAGAAAUAAAGUAUGUGGAGUU